AUGUGCUUUACGGAGCGCAUCUUCUAUCAGUGCGCGCACCGCUCCCUGGCGGUGCUGCGGCUGUGUCCCAUGACGACCGCCGGGCACAACUUUCCGGUCUGUGAGCUCGCGCCGCUCAAGCCCUUCUACGCCGAGACCAUGUGUGCCGCCUGCGAGCGAGAACUGCACUCCCGUUGGGUGCUCAUACGUGAGUGGGAGCACCGCUGGCUCCACGAACGCGGAGCCUGCAGCUGCGAUGUCACUUUCCCGGGAAUCUUGACCACUCCGCGCGUCAUUGGCGAAACCAGCAGCACUGUUGAUGCUUCGGAGAGCUCCAUGGCCACAGGCAAUGCCCAUUCUGCAUCGACCGAGGAAAACAAAGAGUGCUCUGCUCCUAUGGCUGUCACCACGGCCGAGUCUUCCAAGAACGGCCAGCCGAAGGCCGGCGCCCAGCACGCCAUCAACCAGACCGCUACCACCACCGUCGCUGGCAAUGGCCGCAUCCCAGCCAUCUACUCUGAGAAAGUCACGGCCUCUGGCGAGCGCCACGUUGCUGUCCGGGUUCCCAGCCUCUAUGCCCCCGAGUGGCGAGAGGACCACCGCGCUCUGCAUGAGUCUGGAAAAUGCCGCUGCCCGACCACCUUUACCCCUUUCGCACCACAGAUCGGAGACGACGAGCUGACCCCGGCCGAUACGGAAAAUCUGCGCCAUUGGCGAGAACUUGAGACCAGGCGGGCGCAAGAGAAACACGGAGGACGCAGCCACGACGAAGAGACCGCCCGACACAUCGCCGAGAUCGAGAAGGUGUUCGGCAAAUUCACCGCCAUCGGCGGGCCUCCUAGAGUCCCUCCCCUCGUGAGCAUGCCUCCCGUCCCUGGGCUUGGUGCUUUUCAGUUUCGAAAUCGAGGCGCGGGUGUUAGGGGUCAUGGUCAGGGGAACAACCGCAACAACAACAAUAACCACCCCAAUCGUCGCUUUGAAAAAGGGGCCGGCCGGCCGCACUUCCAGAACCAGCCGGCGCACAACACCCAGCAGGCCCAAGGCUACACUCCCCAGCAGCCCCAAGUCUACAACCCCCAGCAGCCCCACGGCGGCCAAGUUGUGCUUGCCUCGCAGGCCCCGACACCGUACGGCGCUCCCCCUCCCAGAGGCCCUCACCAGUUCGGCGCGGCGCCCACAUACCCCCUGAACACCUGGUACCCGCCCCCCCAUCAGCCGCACUACUUCACCGCGGCUUACCCGGCCUACACGAGCCCGGCGACGUACACCAACACCAUCCCGGAGGGCGCAUACCGCUGGGAAACGCCGCGCGGAGCUAGUGAGGCAGACAUGCUCGCGCGCGAGCGGGGUCUCGGCCCGUACCGGCGCGGCGGCUUCAUCUACCCCGACACGAACCAGCCGGUGCCGGCGCCGGCACCCAGACCCCAGAGCCGGGGUCCAACUGGCCCGGUCCCGGUCCCGGUUCGCCAUCGUCUUCCUGCUCCCUCGCAGGUUCAGGCUCAGUCGCAAGAGGCCAAGACCAGCGACAACAACAACAACAAGGGCAAUGCCAAGGCCACCCUGCCGCCCGAGGACAUUCCCAUCUGCGGCCUCCCCAUCGGCGCCGGACCCGAGGGCGAGAACCAGAUGCCGAGCUGGGAGGGCUGCGCGCUGCGGAACCCGCGGACCAUCGACGCCGUCACCGCCUCAGCCAAGAAGGAGGACGAAGCCGAAACCCAGGCCGCGGCUGGAGCUCAAGCCGAAGUUGAAGCAGAGAAGUGCGAGGAGGACAAGAAGGGCGAUGACCAGGGCCACGAUGAGGGCGACGACCAAAUUGAGCAGGGUGAGCAGGACAAGGGCAACGGCGACGACAACGAGGAGUCCUCGCCGCGCCCCCUGCCGCAGCGGCGCCAUUCGGCUUCGACUUGA